UUGUAGAAUUCUGGGAUAGUUUUAAAACAUGGCGCCAGAGUUGAUUCGUUCGAAUGCUCAACAUCGGUGAUUUUAUCUCAUUUUAUACCUGUCAUUUUCCCAAUUUCUACUCUUAAUUUGAUUAAUAUUUUUUAAGUAUCAUACAGUGGAUUAACAGCCUGCAAAAUGAUUCAAAGUGUACAAGAACGACAGCGUGGUGCAUAUGAUUUUGAAAGUCAUUAUGAUAAUCUGUGUGCUCUUCAAGAUUCCGCUCCUCUAUCGGCUGUUAAAGCUCAUUUAUCUCAGGGUGUUCUUGACAUCAGUGGAGAUAGAAUCAGGGCUAAUGAUUGGAAACCUAUCUUAGAUACAUUACAAAUUAAUAAGAGUUUAGAAUUUGUAGCUGUUAGAAGUAGCUUUAUGGAACCAAAGGAAAAUCAAGGUGAUGUCAAAACUUCAGCACAGAAAAAACAGAAGACACCUGCUAUUCGUUCAAGGGAGAUAACCUAUAGAUUGUGUAAAGCUUUACAAGAAUGUCUGAGUAAAUCGCCCCAGUUAUCAUGUUUAGAAUUACAAGGUUUACCAAUGAGACAAAGAGAUAUAAAUUGUCUUGUAAAGGGUUUAGCUAAAUCUACACAUUUAAAACAUUUAUCAAUGGAGCAGUGUUUAAUUGGAGAUAAAGGUUUAGAGAUGGUGUGCAAGGCUGUAAAACAAGCUGUCAAUAUCAACUCAGUCAACUUUUCAGCAUGUAAUUUAUCGAGUAAUGGUGCUGAAUCUAUCGUCUCUGUAAUUAAGCAUCAAGCUAUGAAGCGUCACAGUGAAGCAUGGGGAGACAGUUUGAGAUACAGGCGACCGGAUCUAGAUAGAAUGCCUGGUAUAAGACGCAUCACACUAAACGAUAAUUCUUUAAUAGGGGAUCAAGGAGCGAUGGCUUUAGCAGAAGCUUUAAAGGAUGAUCUUUGGCUGAAAGCUUUAGAUUUACAAUCUUGUGGUAUAUCUAAUCCUGGUGCCAGAGCUCUACUGGAUGUUCUAGAAUAUAAUACAACAAUAGUGGUCCUCGAUGUUCGGAAAAAUGUGCUAAUUGAGCGAGAUGUUAUACAUGCAAUUAUGGAGCAACUUAUGUUGAACAGUAAAGGUCAAGAUACAGAGUAUAAAUGGUUGAAGACAGAAGAAUCACCAGAUCCAAAGCGGAAACCCAGAAGACGUGCCACUCGUUUACUAAACAGCAGCUUUGGUAGAAAGUUAACACAAAAGGCUCAAAGUUCUGUCAAAAAGAUCACCAUAUCAGCUGAAAAUGUAGAUAAAGUUAGAAGUAAAGGAAAAGUUAGUAAGAGUCCAGGUUUACCAUGGAGAACAGCAGAACGAGCUGAUAGAUAUAGGGGAUUUCCUCCAGAUUAUAAAUCAAGUUUUAUCGACAGUAGUGAAUGUCUGUCACCCAAUACAACGACCCACAAUCACAGUAUAUCAGAAAUAGUUUUAAUACGAGACAAUAAUUACAGCUACAAACAUAACGUAACAUUUAAUAAUGACAGUGAUGUAUCUAUUGAUAUUAAUAAUCCCAAAGAGGUUAAGGUUGAACUAGAACAAUUAAGAAGAAGUUUAAGAGAAGAAAAAAUAGCUAGAGCUACAUCAGAUCAAGCUCUUUUACAGCUGGCUGUAGAGAAUAAAAGACUACAGGAAGAUGUUACUAGAUUAAAACGUCUGGAAACUUUAGGAGACGAAUCAUUUCUAUCAAAUGUUGAAGCUUCAUUUAAACAAUUUCAUCAAUUUCUAGAUAUGUUAACGGAAGCAAAUCUUGGAAAUUUGAUCACAAUGGCAGGACUUGACAACAACCAGCUUCCAUUUAUGCAGACAUCAUUUUGUAUGCCGUCAGUAUUCGGUCCAAACUCUACUUUACUCCAGAACUCUCAUUUAAAUCAAACUAACGGUAGUACCAAUUGGAGGGAUAUGUCACCUAUUAAACAUAAUGUUUCUAAAGCUGAUGGAGAUACAAACUGUGAUAUACAAGAUCAAAAUUCACCAGUUAAUAAGCAUCCUGUGGCUAAAACAGCUUUGUAUAUAAAUUCACCAGAAAUGGGAGGAAAUUCGACCUAUAGUUCACCUCAACCCAUAGAUAGUGGUGAUGAUGAUUUCUAGACAUAUUAUGAUUUGUCAGUUUGUGUGUUGUGUGACAAAAACAUUACAUUUACAGUUAGUAUUAUUCAUUUCGCCUUUAAAACUAAAUAAUGGAACGUCAGAGAAUCAUUACGAAUAAUAAUUCAAGUUGUAAGGUGUAUGCAUUAUAAAAUAUGAUUUUUUGCUCUUUAAUAGAAAGCAUUUCUGCUCUCUAUUUAAUUGUAAUGGGUGGUUUUAUUUGUUUUGUUUUUUAACAUUUAAAGCAUUUUUAUAAACAAAUAAUUUGACUUCAGAAUUUUGUCUCUACUGAAAUACUAUAUCUCAAGAUGUUAGGUGUCUUCACAAAAAUAAACAAAUAUAUCUCCAUUUAAAAGACAUAUAAUAUUUCAUGUACUGUUGUAAUCUGAUUAUAAUAUUUCAUAUACUGUUGUAAUCUGACUAUAAUAUGUCAUGUGACUAUAAUAUGUCAUGCACUGUUGUAAUCUGACUGACUAUUAUAUGUCAUGAACUGUUGUCAUCUGAUUAUAAUAUUUCAUGUGCUGUUAUAAUCUGACUAUAAUAUGUCAUGCACUGUUUUAAUCUGACUAUAAUAUGUCGUAUUGUUGUAAUCUGACUGACUAUAAUAUGUCAUGUACCGUUGUCAUCUGACUUUAAUAUGUCAAGUACUCUAGUAAUCUGACUGACUAUAAUAUGCCAUGUACCGUUGUCAUCUGACUAUAAUAUGUCAUGUACUCUAGUAAUCUGACUGACUGUAAUAUGUCAUGUACCAUUGUCAUCUGACUAUAAUAUUUCAUGUACUGUUGUAAUCUGACUAUAAUAUGCCAUGUACUGUUGUCAUCUGACUAUAAUUUGUCAUGUAUUGUUGUAAUCUGAUUAAAAUAUUUUAAUUAACUGUGAUAAUUUUUAUGUAUACAUUUUUGUGUUAUGUUUAUAUUGUGUAUUAUAUUAGAUAGUCUUUUUCAAUAAUAGUAUAUUGUUUUAACACAAGCCCUUUAGCUAGCAAGAUUCCUCAAGUUUGUUGUCAUGGCUCUUGUAUUUUUGUGAAAAUUUAACCUUAUUAAUCCAAAAUAUGAUUUAUUUGAUUUUGCCUUAAAACAUUUGGUUUGGAACAGGAUUAGAAUGUUGUAAACAAACGAUAUGGUGCUGUGUUAUUUAACAUGUUCGUGUGAAUUUGUCCUAGAAAUAUUGUCAAUGAUGUAUUCCAUGAGAAGCAGGUGCCCUCUGACAUUGAUUUAUCAUUGGGUUUAUAUGGAGUUGAAAAUUUAAACCAUACCUUUGGAUUAAAAUUGCAAAGCACCUGUAGUAUCUGAAGUGAAUACUAAUAACAGGGAAAAUAAAACCCUAUGUGAUGUGUCAUCAACUUCUGAUAUCCUGAACUGUAUUCAGUAUUUUUUUUUAUAAAAUUGAUUUUAAAAUCUUUCUUUUCUUUUGUAUAGUUCCAAAUGAGAACAUUUGUUGUGCAUAAUUCCUUCCCUUCAAUAUUUAAAUUCAAAGAAUUCAAGCUUUUUUAUGAUUCAAGGAAUUUAGUAUCAGAAAUACAAUAAUUUUUAACAAGCCAAAGUUUUUCUUCUUUAUUUUGCAUGUGUUAUGUGUAAUCUGUAUCCAUUUUUGUAAAUUUAUUGAUUAAAAGCCUGUUUUUUUA